AGCAGAUCUACCCAUGAUGUAAUAAUCAGCUCUCAGAGAUGGUCAAACCCACGACGGGAUUACGUCGAUGAUACUUGAAACAACCGAGUCCGACAGCGGAUCGACAUGAUCUACUGCAUGGGUUACUUACCGCCGAAUGAAUGGAGUGUUCUCUCUAGAUAUCUGAUGAUUGCGUAUAAUCUGACGGGAAUGGUGAUCCAGACAGGCAGGGUAGUGGCGAUGACAGGAACCAGAGUGGAUCAGAUAUAACCGCCGAAUUUCUCAGCCCCGACUGCUAUAGAACAAUGCAUGCCUUGGGAGCCGUUAAGAGGCACAGCUUGAGACAUUGAGAUCAUUGCCUAGAGACGUGGGUUUACUAUAGACAACCAAGCUGGAAGCAUUCCUUCUCUAGACACCAGAGGACGCAGCCUGGCACCCUCAGCCUUCAUGAGCGAGGCAGUGUCUCAGUGUUGGGCGAACGACGGGGUCCAGUUACCCAACGGGGCUGUUAAAAACUGGGCAGGGACUACGACAUGUAACUAUCGUUGUUCAGUGUUUGAGAGCGACGUUAAGAUCCAUCAUUGUGGAGCGAUGGUCUCAAGACGACAGCGAAUCCACGAUGCACGUCUAAAACACGGGGUCGUACAAAGCGCCGACACAAUGCAUUGGAAGAACAUCAGUUUGUCACAUAUAUAUCAAAUGGGGUCGUUCUCCCUCCUCCUUCAGAGGCGCGUAUGGCGUGUGCGUACACUAUUGUCCUGUGUACCCUUGCUAACGAUGCAGAGAGAUUGAAGUAGUGCACCCGCCAAAUACAGAGAAGGAAACGCUCGAUUCGUUCCCCAGAAGAACAUGAGCGUCAAGUCAACUUGAGAAAGAUCCGCACUAUUCGAACUAAGAAAAGCUAUUAAUGUGCCUUGGAUGCAAGGCCAGGAAGUAUCUCAGCGCCCUCAUGACACUCUUAGUUAUAUUGAAAAGCGUCGUUGGUUUGUUGGGGUAUCAGCGAAUCGCCCAAUGCAACUUCGGCCCACCGAAUUUCGACUAUCUCUACCCUUUUGGGCUUUUUGCGCAUUACGCAAAUUCCGAGUUUUCCAGUCGAGACCGCGGAAAGGCAAUCUAAUGAAGCGCCAAGACGAAGAGAGAGAAAAAUAAAA